UAUCGCGGCGCGCUGUGCUCCGUCCUCUGGAGCGCUUGGUGACCGUUAGGCCUCCUUACCUCAGGAGUGAGGAGCACAUUUCGGGGCGUCCCUUCGGCCAGGGAUGGAGAAGCGAGUCCUGGCUGGGCGGGCUUGGCCUGCUGGGAGCGGUGCCGUGUCAGUGAUGGAGGCCCCGAUGCAUGGCACCGUGCACCUGAGCGACUGGCAGAAAAGUUACUUUGCUAUUGCCUCUGGCACCUGCACACCCGGACAGAAGGCUGAUGAGUACCGUGCCAAAAUUCUGCGUAUUCAGUAUGCAUGGGCAAACUCUGAGAUCUCUCAGGUCUGUGCUGCCAACCUCUUUAAAAAAUACGCAGAGAAAUACUCUGCAAUUAUUGACUCUGACAACAUAGAGACUGGCUUGAAUAACUAUGCUGAAAACAUUUUGACUUUGGCAAAGUGUCAACAAAAUGACAGUGACAAGUGGCAAUCUGCCUUGACAACAGAGAAUGUAUUUGGUUUGAAGUGUGUGCAAGAGAGGAUGCAGGCUGGCAAAAAUGUCCAGAGCUCUCAGAUGGCACCAGCAGAUGCCCUUGUACUAGCUGAUAAAGGGGUCAGUGCCUCUGCUGCUCCAGGCCUUCCCAGGCUCAGUGCUUUCAGCAGCACCGGUGAGAGUGAACGCUGUGCUAGCUCAUCAAAAAGUACAGGUCGGGGCCCACAUCUCCUUGAGCAUCCCUUGUCUUCAAAGUCUCUCCAAAGCAGUGUGCCUCCUGAGACCAAAACUUCGGAUAUACUUCCUGUGUCUUCUGCCUCCUUAAGUGAACAGAUUCAUACAGGGUUCCAGGCGGCACCGCUGUUUGGAAAUAAAGAAAUGACAAGUGGUCCUUCUCUGAAAAUUCCAGGUAACUGUAGUGAUGGACAAAAUUUGUCUCUUCCCAAUCAGUCAGCUGUACAAGCAUGGUCUGGGAAAAGAAAAGCAUUUUAUGGCUUGACUGAUAAAGGCAGCACUUCCACUUCUAGUCUUGCUCCAUGCCAGGCUUCCAGUACUAUGGAAGCCAACAGUUUUUCCGGGAGUAGAAAUGGAAUUGAAGAGAGUGGUGUUCCUGGUUUUAGAACUGCCAAAGAACAGCUGUGGGUGGAUCAGCAAAAGAAACCUCAAAGUCUACAACAGCGUGCGCCAGUCUCAACAUAUGGAGGUGUAAAAAAGUCACUGGGUGCUGGUAGAUCUCGGGGUCCAUUUAGCAAGUUUGUUCCUCCAGUCCCAAAACAGGAUGGAAAUGAAAACGGAGGAAUGCAGUGUAAGCCUCAUGCCAGAGGGCCAACGGAUCCUUUACUUCCUGUAGAUGAACGACUGAAAAGCAUAGAACCAAAAAUGGUGGAACUCAUUAUGCAUGAGAUCAUGGACCAUGGGCCUCCUGUGAACUGGGAUGACAUUGCUGGAGUUGAAUUUGCUAAAGCUACAAUAAAAGAAAUUGUAGUCUGGCCUAUGCUGAGGCCAGACAUCUUUACUGGGUUACGUGGUCCUCCUAAAGGAAUUCUUCUCUUUGGCCCCCCUGGAACUGGGAAAACUCUCAUAGGCAAGUGCAUUGCUUGCCAGUCUGGAGCUACUUUUUUUAGCAUCAGUGCCUCUUCUCUGACUUCCAAAUGGGUAGGCGAGGGGGAAAAGAUGGUCCGUGCCCUGUUUGCUGUGGCACGAUGUCAACAGCCAGCAGUGAUUUUCAUUGAUGAGAUUGAUUCUCUGUUGUCUCAGCGUGGGGAUGGGGAGCAUGAGUCUUCAAGGAGAAUAAAAACUGAGUUUCUGGUCCAGUUAGAUGGGGCAACAACCUCCUCUGAAGAUCGUAUUCUGGUGGUUGGUGCAACGAAUCGGCCCCAGGAAAUCGAUGAGGCUGCCCGAAGGAGACUUGUGAAGAGACUUUACAUUCCUCUUCCAGAAGCUUCAGCUAGAAAGCAGAUUGUUACUCGUCUGAUGUCAAAGGAGCACAACUGUCUCAGUGAAGAGGAAAUCGAGCUUAUAGUUAAGCAAUCAGAUGGGUUUUCUGGGGCAGACAUGACACAGCUGUGUCGUGAAGCUUCUCUGGGCCCUAUCCGCAGUCUUCAGUCCAUGGAUAUCACAACCAUCAUGCCAGAGCAAGUACGACCCAUUGCUUUUGUUGACUUUGAGAGUGCCUUUGGAACCGUGCGGCCCAGCGUGUCCUCGAAGGACCUGGAGCUGUAUGAAACCUGGAACCGGACAUUUGGCUGUGGCAGAUAGUUGCAUUGUAACUUUUGCAGAAACAGUUCUUUAGCACUGCUAUGUAUUAAACCUGUGAUCAUUUAGUGUAUCCACGCUGCUUUUUGUUUUUAUCUGUCUUUGUAAUAAACACUCUAAAUUUAUGCAGCCAGAUGUCCAGGUGUUGGCAUGAGGUGUAGCUCAUUGAAAAAACUGAGGAAUUACAGAGAGCUGCUGUGAAGGAUUGAUGGAUGAGUUUCACUGAUGUUAAGGGGAAGAUGAUAUCAGAACUAAAUAAUUUGGUUGGGGGUGUAGCAAAGCUGGAGCUAAUGGGGAAACUCGGGGGCACACUGAGUUGGAAGGGAGACAGGAACAGAGGAAGGAAAGAAUCAUGGUGGAAGAGGAAAGAAACUCAUGGAAAAAUAGAAGGGGGGAGGAAAAAGAACAGUGUCGUACAAAUAGUGGUGUUGUUUGACUGAGACCUGCCUACAUCACUGUAGCCUAUUCCCAGGUUGUUAUUAAACUCUCUUUCUGUUUGCUUUUCCAUUUGACUUUGUUUUCUAUUCUGUGUCUGUGUGCAUACCGUGCCUAAUCAGGAGGGCACCAACAACUGUAGAAGAGGCCAAGGGUCAUAAGGGGCUGUAGGCUCUCAGGGCCAGCCAUGGACUUUCCAUAUUGUGUAGGGGUAGGGUGAUGUGAUCCCUCAUGUCUGCGCAAACUUCUCUAGAAGAAAUUACUAGCAAUCUUCAGGUUGGACUGCAAAUGGGAGGAAAGUAGCAUCUGGAAUGAGCCAAAGUAUGACCUGUUGGCAGGGAAGUUGCCUCCAUCCCUGCAGGCAUUCAAGGCCAGGCUGGA